GUUUGAUCACGUACAUUUGCACACGACCGGAUAGCACAGGCUCACGCGUUCGUUUCUUUUCGUCCGAAUUUCUUUUUCCUCCGCAAAAAUUCAGUGGACCGCAUCCGAUCUUUCCUCGAUUUCCACGUCGAACACUGCGCCGGUGUUUAUCAGCGAUCUGGAAUUAUUCUCACUGUGCGACGGCAUCAUGAAGAUCAUCCUGGUUCUGUUGGCACUAUCGGCGGCGGCGUCCGCGCAAUUCAACAGAUACCUGUACAAUCCUGAUUAUUACGGACGACGUUUCGCCAUAUUGCGACAAUCCCAAGACUCUUCUCCGGAUGGAUCGUACUCCUACAGCUACGACACGGAGAACGGUAUAUCGGUGGCCGAGCAAGGGACCCCGAAGUUCGCCGGUCCGAACCAGGUGGAGUCGGUGAGAGGGCAGUUCAGUUACACCGCGCCGGACGGCACGCCGAUUCUGGUGACUUACACGGCGGACGAAAAUGGCUUCCAAGCGAACGGCGCGCAUCUGCCGACUCCGCCGCCGAUCCCGGUUGCGAUACAACGGGCCCUGGCCCACAACGCGGCCCAUCCGGAAGAGGAAGAGCCGUACAGGAGAUACUAGGGACGCGGCGAACGUCCUCCAGGAUCCUCCUCGACGGAACCAGACUCGCGAAGUGAACCGCUUUCGAACCUUCUGUCCCGGAUCUUCUCACGGACUCAGAAAUCAUGCUCCGGCAUGUUCAAGCGAUCGUUUAAGAUCGAUUAGGCUACGAUUCGAUUAAGAGAGAUUCGGCUUUCGGACCGGAAGCACCGCGCGCGACGCUCGUUUCUCGAAGGGGCGGCCUUUUGGUAACUGCCCGGGCGAUUUUGUGGGGGAUUGCGGGGGAUCUGUGCGGUGUUCCAUGGCCGGUGAUCGUUGCAAAUGAAUCGUUUGCUCGGUGAUCGAGAGUUAUUAGCGUUGGGUUUACGGAACCAGCGAGAAUUCGCUGAUUUUGUUUCAUUUAGAUCGCAUCGUUCGGAUUUUAAAGACGCGUCUGCGAGUUAUUCGUUAAAUCCGCGCGUUGCUUCCGGCGAAUGUUACGGUAACGUUCGUUCGAAAAUCAGGAUAAACGUAAUAUUGUUACUUUUGUAAAUUGUUGUAAGACAGUUGAUUCGAUUGAUUGAUGAAAAACCGAUGCGAAACAGCUCCGUAAAUCUGGCAUCGCAAGUAAACGUUGAGAAAUGUUUCUUAUUUCGUUUUCUUCGGGAGAAUAUCGACUCGAUGGGAGCUUUUCGAAAUGGCGGCCGACGGAGAAUUCGUCCGCGGACAUUCCGGCGAUUUUUCUUGACGAUUUUCUCGCGCGUGCACCGCGAGAAAAAAAAGACAGGAAUACCGAGAAUAUCGCGGGGUCGAAUGGACGAAAUGUCGAAUAAUGAUUGUCGCGUCGUUGAUUGUUUAAACGGCCAUGGAACGCUGUGCUCGGGCAACGUCACGCCCGAAUCGCGCUAACAUAUUGUCGGGAAACUGUUCGCUUAUGCUUCUCUACGUUGUACUGCCUGAAUAUAUAGUAAUUAAUUUAUUAAUCGAUAAGAUCGCGUCUUGUAGAUUAACAUUCCUGCUUUCACGAUUGUAACGCGAUUAAUUCGUCGACUGUACUUCUCUCUGCUCUAAUCCCAGCGAAUGUACGGAGAAACUGUGCUGCAAGUGUACAUGCAUACACACAUAUGUGCCUACGAACUAUUACAAAUACAGAUUCAUGAAAAUGUCAUAA